GGGAAGAGAAAUGGGAAAGAAGAGAGAGAGGAAGAGAAAGGCAAUUAAACGUGUUUGAAGGACUCAGAACGCGUGAUUUUUCCCGUGAUUCUUUUAAACCCUUUCUAUCUUUCUCUCUAAAAACUCAACUCUUCAUUCAAAUCUCUUCAAUUUUUCCAUUUCUCAAAGAUUCUCACUCAUUUCUCUCUGAUUCAACGCUUUCUUCUACUAUUCCAUGGACGCCGAUGAUUCGAACAAUUCCAAAACGUUGUUGCAGCACUCCAAUAAGUGUCUACCUAAAAUUCUAACCCCCGAACCUACUCAACACAGAUGGAAAACUGAAAUCCAGCAACAGAUCUACUCAUCCAGGCUCACCCAAGCGCUUCGCCGAGUCACUCAUCCACGCUCCUCAUCUCCGCUUAACGGAAACCUAGUUCGCCGAACUGCGGAUUCUGUACUCGCCGCUACAGCCAAGGGGAGGACUCGAUGGAGUCGAGCCAUUCUAGCCACUCGAUUCCGCCAGAGCCUUGCCAGACGACGACGGAGGACGAAGAAGAAAUUGCUCGCUCGUAAACCGGAGCUCAAGACCGAGAAGGUUAGGAAGUUACCGGCGGUGCAGAGGAAGGUGAAAAUUCUUGGCCGCUUGGUUCCUGGUUGUCGGAAACUCUCGUUCCCGAAUCUUCUGGAAGAAGCGACGGAUUAUAUAUCGGCUUUAGAGAUGCAGGUAAAAGCCAUGACGGCGCUCGCUGAACUCCUCGCCGGAAAUCAAAGGAAUUUUGCCGGAAUCUCGAACGAUUCUUGAGAUUGAUAAUCGUUCCGUAGAUUCGGAAAUCGGGAUCGCCGCCGUGGUUUUCUUUUUCCUCUUUCUUUUUUCCUUAUUCUCCAAUUGAUAUAUAUAUUUUUUUCCCGGCGGUAAUAUUAUUUUUAUUUGUUUUGUUUGUUUCCAUAUGUAAUCUUAUUGUAUAUUUUAAAUUAUAAAUUUAGAGUCUAAAUUUUGGU